AUGAGCUCUGCAAGCCUACUGGACCGUCUGGACGGCCCUCCGCGCAAGCGGAUGAGAAAAGGAACCAAGAGCUGCGCAGAAUGCCGGCGCCGUAAGAUUCGCUGUACCUACGACUUGGACUCUUGCGGCAUCUGCAACGAGUGUCGUCUCCGGGGGUCGACUUGUGUCGACCAGGAGAGCAGUCGGCCUGAGCCUUACAGCGCUCCCAACCACCAAGGAGAACAGACAUACAGUCUCCGCGAGCGAGUAACUCACUUGGAAGAGGUUGUCAGGCAACUGGUCAAGAGGUUGGAUGAUAAGGAGACCGACAGAAGUGAAACCUCUUCACCACCACUAGGGCUACCAACGAAGAACGUCGAUCAAGGUUCGUUCUGUUCCCAUCUCGGAUCUGGUUUCGCCCGAUGUGGUGCUAUCUUCUGUUAUCAGACCUCUGAUAUCUCCGUUCCAGGCUCGCACACCAUCAGGGAAAAUCCGACGCCUGCAUCUACAGAAUCUCCUGCAGAUCCUGAGAUCGACACGGUGGAAGAGCAAAUCGGAAAUCCUCCCAUCUUGCAACUCUUUGACAACGAUGUGGUCCGCCGCGAGGUGGACCCUCUGUCCGGCAAUGAUCGACUGGUCGGAAAAAAUAACAUGUCUCCCAAGGCAGCUGCAGCUCGUGCCUCGCUGUUGGCCCUAUUUCCUCCCAGGGAGGACAUCAUCAUGUUGACAGAAGCCUCCUGCAGAUGGUGGAUAACCUUCCAGGCCAAUUUCCCCGAAAUUUGUGAAAAGUGUUCCCAGAGCCUAUCUACGGGGAACCCACCCUCCGAAAUCUCCAUGGCUCCAGGUGAUGUGGGCAAAGUUCUGAUCUGCAUCGCCAUGACGCUGGAACUGCUUCCUGUUAGCUUUGAUCUUACAAGCCUAAGAUCUCCUCUGGAUCCUAAACGGUUCUCCGAGAGAUGUGUGGCUGAGAUCAGCCGGCUAAUCAUCGAGGAUGAUGAUUUUGCAGCGACUCUUCCUGGGAUCGAAUGUCAACUGCUAUUAUCCAAGUACCUGCUCAAUGAUGGUCGUCCUCGCAAAGCGUGGCUUGUCUGUCGGCGAGCCAUCCAGUUUUCGCAGUUGGUAGGAAUGCACCUGUCCACGGCGAAACCCCGCCAAUCAGGAGAUACCCUGUUUCAGCGUCGAUUGCAAACUUGGUGCUCUCUUGUGACCAACGAUCGGUUUCUCAGCUUCAUCUUGGGGCUACCCUACUCCGUGUCGGAUACAUUUUUUGAGCCCCAAAUCGCACUCACCACGCAAGAAGGGGGCAACUUGAUGCAGAUGCUGGUGAUGCGGAUUGCUCUCGUCAUAGGGAAACUAGUCGAUCGGAACCAGGUUCAAGAGUCGCUGUCCUUAUCGUCAACGCUUCGUCUAGACCAGGACCUGGAAGACAUCGCCAAGUCCAUUCCUGCAGGCUGGUGGAGCUUAUCCAAUACCGAGGAUAAGGAGUUCCAGGAACAGGUGAUGAUGAUGUUCAUCUACAAUGUGGUCCGGGCUCUCCUUCAUCUCCCCUUCAUGCUCAAAUCCCUCACCGACCGAAGGUACCACUACUGCCACCUCGCCGCGUUGGACUCGGCGCGAACAAGUCUCCGAUUGUUCAAGAUCGUCCGAGCCGACAUCAAGCCCUAUUUGUGUAAGCUGGGGGAUUUCUUUGCGUUUAUGAUGACCAUGUUAUUGUCCAUCAACCUGUUUGGGUAUUCAGAGGCGUCUCCCACACACAGCCGCGAGCAAGAUGAGCAUGACUGGCAACUCAUCGGUGAGAUCACCGACCUGUUUCGCCAGGCCAGCAUGGAAAGGGGCGGCAACGUCGCUGCUCACUCGGCCGAGGUUUUGUCCAAUAUCAGGCCCCUUCGAAAUCUCGAGUUGAGCCCGGGUGAUAGGGGAACGUGCAAGAUCACGAUCCCUUACUUCGGAACAAUCACCGUUGGGCCCGGUAAAAAGCUCGAGGAGUUGAUGGACAAAUGUAACGCUCAAGCGCAGGCCUCCGCAUCUACGUCUUCUUUUGGUGAAACGCCUACUCAGCUGUACACGCCUCCUCUCUCGGACUCGAAGAAUUCUUCCCUAGCAGACAGUCAUCCUCUCGGUGGUGCAAACCAGCCCGCGUUGGGCUCGCAGAACCCGAAUCCUUUGGUUGACCGAUGGAUUCAUAUGGAGAGCAUGCCGACGAUGCCCAGUCUACCUCUGGACUUCAGCCUUCGGGGACUUGACUUUAACGGGCCAGACAAUGGCGUCUGGCCCAAUCUCAACCUUGAUCUUGGACUAGACCAGGGCUGGAACGUCGACUGGAUCGAUAGCAAUACCGCAUAUUGA